GUGUCACCUUAUGUUCCCUACGUACUUUCACUCAAGACUCCAUUUUCAAUUCUUGUUACAACCCUAUCAUCUCUACCUUGCAAGUGUUAUCGUAUGUCGAUCGAAGACAACAAGCGUGCAGAAAACCCUAAAAACGGCGUUAAAGAAAAGCUCAGUUUCGUUAGAGAUGGAUCCAUCAAACUCCCACCAGGGUUUCGGUUCCAACCCACGGAUCAAGAGAUUGUGUUCCAGUAUCUGGUUCGUAAAGUCUUCUCGUGCCCAUUGCCUGCUUCCAUCAUUCCCGAGAUCGUCAACAUUUGCAAAUUCAAUCCUUGGGACUUCCCAGGAGAAUGGGAGCAAGAAAGAUACUUCUUCAGCAAGAAAGAGGCCAAAUAUGGCCAUGGAAAUAGGGUUAACAGAAGGAGUAGUGAUGGAUAUUGGAAAGCAACUGGUUUUGAUAAGCAUAUAACCAGAUGUUGCGGUAACAAUUCGAGCUCGAGAAAGAAAGACACGAUUACGGGGAUGAAGAAGACGCUCGUGUUCUAUAAAACCAACCCUUCGACGACUAGAACUCAUUGGAUCAUGCACGAAUAUCGCCUCGUUCAUUCGCCUCCGUCACCGACAACAACCUCCAACGAUAAGAAAUCUUGGAUUCAAAUGGGAAACUGGGUUUUGUGUCAUGUAUUAUUGAACAAAAGAAGUCGAAAACCGAUCGAAGAUGAUAACGGGAAGAAAUCGGAUUCAACGGAACGUCAAGAUUUAACGAGAAACGAUACGAAUUACAAACCUGCUUCAAGUUCAUAUUCAUCUUCUUCAUCGUGUGGUUCCAGUGUCGUCACUCUCGAAGUCUCUUCAACUAAAAAUCAAUUUGAUCAUGAAGAAACUAACAACGUUGUAUAGCAUCCAUCAAAUCAAACAAAAAACCAAAUCAUUUACAAAUUCGCAUUUUUGGUUUCGUUUUGUGGAGAGGAAAUGAUAAAUUAUGUGUUCAACAAUUUGUUCAAUUACAUUCA